AUGGCUAUCGAUCCCACACCUGCUGAGCUUCAAGCUUUUGCCACAGUUCAGGAUGUGGCAAACUGGUGUGGACUCCAAGGCACGGCCACCGACCGCGCUACAGCUCUGGGAUCUUUGUUUACCCUGUUAGGCGUCACUGCCAACAUGCAACCUCGCAUCAUUGGUUUCAUGAGUGCUGCUGAUUACAACGCAGCUGUGGAGCAGUGGCGCAUUGGAGCAGAUGCGGCAACAGCCACUUUACCCACCUUCGUUCAGCGCAGUCAAGGUGGGCUCUUUGGAAGGACAUGCAGAUUGAUCGCCGGGACAGAGCAAACUCUGGCACAACAAGCAGCCAAUGUAGCAGCUGUGUCCACCGCGGCGGCUGUAGGCACCAAGAGAAAGAUCAAAAUGGCCUCCGUCAUCAACCAAGGUGACGACAACGAGGUGGACAUUUUGGACGCCAAUGACAUUACUAGGGCCUAUGCGGAGUACAAAGCCAAGACUGGUGCUUUCCCUUCUGAAGACGAAGAACUGUCUGUUGAGCAAAUCAGUGGAUUGAAGGAUUCAGAAGAAGAUCAAGAUGAAGGGCAUCCGUCUCUCGCCUGCCGGAGAGAUCACCAGUACGGGCCGCCGGACUACGAAGCCUGGAGGGAAUGCUACCUCGUCUUCCGCACUGGAUGCAUCAUGCUGGCUCAGAUUUCUCCGGCUCGUCUCGACAACUACGAGAAGCAGAUCCGCCGCCUUUCAGAGCGGUAUGGGAAGGUCAGUUGGGCCUUGAUCUAUCAAGCUGAUGUCAGGGCGAGGCUGGAGCACACAGAAAGACUUCUCAGGAUCGCCAAGGAGGAGCGCGCCAAAGCACUGGCACUUGGGAACGCUCACGAUCUUGACACCAACAAGCCCUGGGAUCAUGUCUGGAAAAUGCUGGUGGAUGACAGUGCAUUUUGGCAGCGUGAAGUCAUCGAGCCUGCGUUGCAGUUGUCGGUCAGGGCAGCUUCUUUGGGACAGGUCCUUGAUCAAGACGCGCCUGUCAGUUCAUCGGCGGGGUCUAUCGCUAACCCCAGGCAGCCUGGAAGUGUUGAGCUGCCGGCUCCGAAGGGUGCGGCGAAGAGGGCCCGCACCGAGCGCGUCCACAAGGUUGGCGAGGACGGCAACCUCACUCACAACCGCAAGGGCGCCGAGCUUUGCAGAGGCUACCAGACCGGAGAGUGCACGUCAAUCACGGCAAAGGGCGUGGUGGCGGCAAGGGUGGCGGAGGAAAACGUCAGUGACACCAACAAGAGUUGGAUCGCAGUCGCACUCCUAGCAGCUUUGCGCCUUGUGCUCUCGCUCGUGAGGGGCUCCGAAAGCCGAUCAUUCUUCACCUUUUCAGCGUGUGAAGAAUGGGACAUCGUGAACGGCGAGCACUUUGACCUCACAGACGGCGAGAUAUGGCUCAAACUCAAGCGGCGCAUCGACAACGGAGAGUUCGACGGAGCGUUGCUGGGCCCUCCCUGCAACUCGUACUCCAACGCCCGUAACUUCGUCGACGGAGGUCCUCCACCUUUGAGGGCGGCCUCUGGUCCUGCGAGGUAUGGGCGCCCUGGCCUGUUACCCAAGGACAAAGAGGCAGUUCGGAUCGGAACUCUCCUUGCAGUGCGAGUGGCUGAUGUCAUGAACGCAUUUGUCGAUCAGUGCAAACCUGUUUGCGUGGAGCAGCCAAUCUGGAAGCGUGACGGUCGCAGCGUCAGCAUGUUCAACCUCGACGAGUUUGCCACUCUCCUUAAACGCAUGGGAGUUUCAUUCCGCGACAUGGCGCAGUGCCACUAUGGGGCCAAGAUUGAGAAGGCUACCACUUUGUUCAGUUUUAGGCUUGACUUUGCGGACCUCGUGGGAAAAUGCACCCAUUCCUCGAGGAAGUGGAUUCGUCCCUCAGACGGCCACACGUGCUGGAGCCCUCAUCCCCCACUUCACGGAAAGGAGUGGCACCUCUCGGAGGAGCAGCUUGCGGAGCACGUUGCUGCACACGGCAAAGGUCACCCUGCUGCGGAGCCGGAUGGUGGUUACAUUUCAAAAUCAUCCGCGGCAUAUCCGAAGGCCAUGAACGAGUACUUAGCCAAGAAGUUCGCUGAUGCCACAUGCCCUGCAGAUACGUCGGGCACCAUGAAGCCCGGCUACCUCAAGUGUGGCAGGUGGGGCAAUGUCUUGAUUAAGAAGGGCCUUCUGGACCAGAGCAAAUCAUCGCCACUGCCCGUUGACUCGAGCUUUGUUUUCAGCGUUCCACUCAGAGGGCUCGGUGAUGGCGAGUCUGGCAGGUUCUUGGGAGGCAUGAGGCACCCACGAAGAGCCCUCGACAUUAAUCCAACGCUGGAGGCUGCAGGCAAGGUGGUGUUUGAUGUUGUCAGCGGCUACCUCAGGAAAAACCCGCAGGUGCUCGACGCUUGCAUCCAGGCUGUGGGCUCAGACGGUCGAGUUUGCGGCCCUCCUGAGAGUGACGUCGCGAAAGUCCGUGAGCUUCUUGAGGCUCGCUUACCCUGGCCAGAAGGUUUUGAGCGAGGACGUAAGACAUCCACUCACUUGCACGCCGAUCUACUCCUUCGCUGGGGAGUUGCAGCGGGGGAUGUUGACGCCAAAACCAUAUAUGAGUGGCUAGUGGAAGGCGCGCCUGCUGGUAUCGCACAAAAGGUGUACGACCCCGGCGUGUUUCCACCGAGCGACCUGCAGGACCCAGAGUUGGAUUACUUCGAGCCUCCCGACGAAAGUCUGCACACCAACUAUGUUUCAGUUGACAACGACCCCGACGCGGAGCCGGAAGUGAGGCGACUUUUGGAGUCCAACUUCGUUAAAGUUUUCGACUCUCUUGAGGAGGCUCAAAGUUGGGCGGGAGGCAGACUUCACCUCAGUAAGCUGGCCAUGAUCACAAAAGAGAAAGAUGGACGCAUCAAGCGGCUCAUCAUGGACUGCCGCCGGUCUUCUGUGAACGACAUGGCAGCCAGAGGUGGCAAACUUAUACUUCCUCGCAUUUCUGACGUAGUGGACGAUCUUUUGUAUCUCCUGGACCAGAUGGGCGACUCGGAAGACAUCAACAUGGAAAUGAUGGUGCUUGACUUUUCCGAUUGGUUCUACCAGACUCCGCUUGCCCAAGCAGAAAGCAAGCACUUCGCUUUCUCCUACGAGGGGAAGUUCGCCGUCUACACGACUCAGCCGCAGGGGAGCACUACACGCGCGGCAUUUGCGGCUACAGAUUUCGUAGAUGACCCGUUCAUCUGCGCCAUCGGGCCAGGACCUGAGCGGAGGCUACACUUCGCGUCCCUCAUUCUCAUGUGGGAAGCACUCGGCGUCAAGCUGGCCUACAGGAAGGGGGCGAUUAACACGUCUGUAGGUUGGAUCGGCGCAAACUUUGAGAUCAAGGAGGCGGGUACCAACAAGGCUGCAGUCAUCGUCACAGCAAAGCCUGAGAUGAUGGCAGAGAUCCGAGAGGCGACCUCUCGCCACGAUACCGUCAACCUCAUCUCAAAGAAAGAAUUGGCUUCCUACACGCGGAAGCUCAAUCACAUCGCUGGCAUGAUCGAGAUUCUACGUCCUUUCCUCUCAGAGUUGUACGGGGCCUUGCACGGCGACGAGUCGACAUCCAAGGCCCCCGCAGGCAUGGUGUGGACAAAGCAAUGGGCGCACACUCGAGCCUGGCUUCAAAGUCUUCUGCAUAACGAAGGCCGGGUUCUUCAACGAGAAUACCGUGUGGACCGAUACUUCCGGCGCGGGAAGCAGAUCCGCAUCGUCACGGACGCCUCACCCUGGGGCAUCGGCGGAUACCUGGCCGUGGACACGACUAUCCACAGGUAUUUCUCAAUGCCGCUGACUCCUGAAGAUGUCUCCCUUCUCGGAGUUGUUAUCGGCAGCCCCGACACCCAACAAGUCGUCGAGGCCUUGGCUCUUCUAGUGGCUCUCCGUUUAUGGGAGACAUAUUGGAAGAACGACGACGCCUGCCUCACCAUUCAAUCUGAUUCCGUUUCUGCGUUGAGCAUGAUAUACAAGUUGAGGACGUCUGCAAACAGAAGUGGCUCACAACUCCUGGCCAAGGAACUUGCGCUCCUUUUUGGCUCUUCAGCUUACAAGCCCGUCCUCAUGGAGCACAUUCCCGGCCUUUCAAACAAGGUAGCCGAUGUGCUGUCGCGGAUGCACAUGCCCGGAGAAGGACAUGAACCUCCAUCCGCUGUCAUGUAUGCUCAACGGGAACCCCAAGUCCUCAGAGACAGGGGCUACUACAUGUCAUUACGGCCGCUUCGCAGAUAG